AUGCUAGACUUACUUAAACGCGCCUUGCGCAAACCAUACACAAAUGUGUAUGGUCUAGACCAUGCCGUCCUCAACAUACAGCUCCCACAGCAGAGUAUGUGGAUGAACAUGGGAUACUGGGAGUACACAAAUGACUUCCCAGAAGCAUGCCAAGCACUCCUAGAUCAGGUUCUCACGGCUGCGCUGUCAACGGAGAAGAAGUCCGCCGUGAGAAUCCUAGAUGUAGGGUGUGGCUGUGGUGAUCAGUCGUUAUACCUGACGAAGAUUUUAAAUCGCCCUUCCUCUACAUCCCAGUCCGGUUCUGAGUCUGGAACUGGGACAGCAACCCCUGCUUCUUUCUCCAGUAUUCCGUCUGAUAUUCAAUCAUCAAAGUCUGGCCUGCGCUAUCGCUAUAACAAGACCAACCUGCAAUUUUCCUCUUUGCCACGCCUAGAUUCCUACAUCGGGAUCACCCUGGAACCAGCGCAGGCUGCGCUCGGCUCAAGCCGCAUUCACAAUAUGCAGCGAGAGAGCGAGGGCUUUAUCCAGGCAGAUAUCUUCUGCGCAGACGCCUCAGUACCCAGCUCUUGGACUGGAGAGUUGAAGAAAUCAAUCACAGCUCUUGAAGAAACCUCAAACAAACAGAUUGAAAAUGAAAACGAAGACGCCUCUACAUGGCUCCUAGCCCUGGACACGAUAUAUCACUUCCGCCCCUCGCGCCUUCCUCUCUUGACCUAUGCACACAACACCCUCAAUGCCUCAUUCAUGGCCUUCGACUUGAUAAUAUCUAAUGAUAUAACCUGGUACGAAAAGAUCCUUCUCCGACUGGUGUGCUGGGGAAUGAACUCGCCAUUCGGAAAUUUCGUUUCCGAGAAGGAAUACGUGGAGCUACUUGUUACAGCUGGGUAUAAUCCUGCUUUUAUUCAGAUCCGAGAUGUCUCACAGCACAUUUUUGGCGGGCUGGCGGGUUUCAUUAAGCGCAGAGCGGAGGAGGCGAGGCCUUUUGGGGUUAAAUUGGGGAAAUUCCGUGUGGCGAGGUUUGCUUUCGCGUGGUGGGCUAAGAGGAGGGUUGUUAGGGGUGUUGUUGUUGUGGUGAGGAAAGAGUGA